AUGAAUAGUAAUAAAGAGGAAACAACAGCUGAUGGGUCUGUGUCAACAACAGAAGAACAACAACAACAACAACAACCACAACAACAAGAACAAAUAAAUACUACAACAGCCAGUACUACGAGUAAUGGAGAAAAUACUGCUAGUGAUAAUAACAAUAAUAGUAAUAAUAAUAAUAAUAAUAAUACCAACAACACCAACACCAAUAAUAAUUGUGACAUAUCAAUGACAGAAGAUAAUAGUAAAGAAGAGGAUACAGGAAUUAAAGUAAUUGGUGAAGGUGAAUUAUGGGGUAAAUUAAUUUCAUUGAAUCCAACUUAUCCAACGAUUGAGAUAAGACAAGAUUCGAUCAUUUUGGGUAGAUCUAAAGGAGUUUGUAAUUAUACAUUCACAAGUCCAACCGUUAGUGGUAAACAUUGUAAAAUAUAUAGAGAUCCAACUGUAAAGAGUAGAAAUGUUGCUUUUGUCGAUGAUACCUCAACUAAUGGAACAUUCAUAAACAAUGAAGUCAUUGGUAAAGGCUCUAAAAUUCUCAUUGAAAAUGGUUGUGAAAUCUCUGUAAUCCCAAAGAAAGGUUCAGAAAAGAUCUCUUUCAUCUAUCAAGAUUGUUUUGAAGAACAAAAAGAAAUGGAACAAGGUGGUCCACAACAAAAAUAUGAUCUAAGAGAAGUUUUAGGAACUGGUAAUUUUGCAUCAGUUAGAUUAGGUGUUGAAAAAGAAACUGGUAAUAAAUAUGCAAUUAAGAUUAUAGAUAAAAAGAAAAUGUCAAUGACAAGUAAAAGAAAGGAUUCUCUCAUGGAUGAAGUUAAUGUUUUAACAAAAGUUAAACAUCAAAAUAUUAUCUCAAUUAAAGAAGUUUUUGAAACCCAAAAGAAUUUAUAUUUAGUUUUAGAAUUAGUUACAGGUGGUGAAUUAUUUGAUAAAAUUGUAUCAGAAAGAAAAUUUCAAGAAGAUACAUGUAGAUAUAUUUUAAAACAAUUAUGUGAUUCAGUUAGAUAUUUACAUAGUAAUGGUAUUGCACAUAGAGAUCUUAAACCAGAGAAUAUAUUAUUGGCAACACCAAAUUCAUUUUUAUUGAAAAUCUCUGAUUUUGGUUUAAGUAGAGCAAUGGAUGAAGGUACCUAUAUGAAGACAAUGUGUGGUACACCUCAAUAUGUUGCACCAGAGAUCUUAACAAAAGGUGAAAGAGAAGGUUAUGGCAAAUCAGUUGAUCUUUGGAGUAUUGGUGUUAUCACCUAUAUUCUAUUAUGUGGUUUCCCACCAUUUGGUGAUCCACAAACCAAGGAUUUCUUUGAAAAGAUUAAAAAUGGUGGUUUCUCUUUUCCUUCACCUUAUUGGGAUGAAAUCUCUGAUGAAGCAAAGAGUUUAAUAAAGAAUUUAAUAAAGGUUGACGUUGAAAAACGUUUUACCAUCGAUCAAGCUUUAAAUCAUCCUUGGUUCACUAAUCAUGAAGAGAAAACUAAAGAAUUUUAUGAAAAGGAUAAAUUAGAAUUCCCACCACCAUCUACAAAUGAUGAUCAUCAACCAACUCCAAAUACUACUUCUUCAAAUAGUCAAUUAGUACCAGAAAGUAAAUGUGAUCAAAUUCAAGAUAAUACCACUGAUAAUAAUAAUAAUAAUAAUAAUAAUAAUAAUAAUAAUAAUAAUAAUAAUAAUAAUAAUACCACUAACAAUAGUAAUAAUAUUGAUAAUAACAACGGUAAUGAUGAAUCAAAGUCAUCAAAAAAGAGACAGCUAAGUGAAGAUUCAAAUAUUAAUGACGAACAUGAACAAAAGAAAGUCAAAAACUAA